GUUUUAGCUGUGUCUGUCCACACAUCAAUGCUUCUCUGGUUGUAUGUACCGGACUUGGCUCCAGAGCAAAUGAAUGUUAUGCUUUCUGAUUUCUUGCGAAUGAGGAUUAAGCCGAUUCAACCAUGCAUCCGCAAGAUCUAUCUUGAUGUCUUGCUAUCUUUAAAGUCGACAAUACAAUCAGGAUGGUAUCCCAACAUCCGAAAUGAGGAUGCAGUUGUACAGCGAAGGGGGAUUUUUGGAGACCAUCCUACACAAUAUGGUGGAGGUACCAACUAAUAGUAACUCUAGUCAGAGAGUUGCUUUGAAGGAUCACUUGGAAAUCCUUCAAAAGAUGCUCAACCUUUUGAGAGCCAAUAUCUUCCGUAUGCCAAUAAAAGAUCUUGAAUUUCUUCUUCGAGAUAUAGAGAUUGUGGUUAUUGAUGUUGGACUUAUGGUAUACUCAGUAUAUGAAGAUGAGGAGGAGAAGCAAGACAUGGCACUGGGAGGAGUGAACAUCACACAAGUUCUUGACUUUUCAAGCAACAUUCAACGUCUAAGCAUAGACAUCUACCUCACCAUUCGGAAGGCGUUCCAAUCUAAUUUGCCUAGGAUUCAUGGACUAGGCUAUGUUGAUAGCCUUUUAAACAACCUGAAGAAGUUCCAAAUUCUCCACUCAGAUUCACUAGCUUCUGUCAUGGACAAACUUCAAUUACUUCAGAAGGAAUUUGAGAGCUUGCAACCUUUUCUACGGGCUGUUGCAGAAGAGCGACACAAUGACCUUGACGAAAUUCAACAUUGUGCUACACAAUUGAUUGGCAAAGCACAUGAGGUAGAAUAUAUAGUUGAUGCUUGUAUAAGGGAAGAAGCUCCUGUCUGCUGCCUCGAGCAUUGGAUCUUGGAUAUCAUAGAGGAUAUUACUCUUAUCAGAGAAGAGGUAGCAGAGAUUCGUGAAAAGAAAAUGGAUUUGGUAGCAUUGAACACUGUCCCAGUUCAUACAUCAAAUUUGGCAAGGUCUCCAAUGAUGAAUGAAGAAAUUAUUGGUUUUGAGGAUGUCAUAGAAAAGUUAAGAGACCAACUAAUAAAAGGCAAGAAAGGGCGCGAUGUUAUGUCAGUUGUUGGUAUGCCAGGUCUAGGCAAGACAACUUUGGCCUAUAGACUCUACUAUGACAGGUCAGUCACUGAUCACUUUGAAAUCCAUGCACAGUGUUGUGUGUCUCAGGUAUAUUCACGUAAGGACUUGUUAAUAGCAAUUUUACGUGAUGCUAUCCGUGAGAACUUUGAGUGUAGAGAAAAACAAGCUGAUGAAUUAGCUGAUCAGCUUCGCAAAACUUUAUUUUCCAAAAGAUAUCUCAUCCUUAUUGAUGAUGUGUGGGAAACUAGUGUGUGGGAUGAUCUAAUAGGUUCUUUCCAUGAUGCCAAUAACGGAAGUAGAAUUAUUCUAACAACGCGAAAUCAUGAAGUUGCCAUGUACACUAGAUUUCAAAGUGAUCCCCUUCCGCUUCGUAUGUUUAACAAUGAUGAAAGUUGGGAGUUACUCCGAAAAAAAGUGUUUGGUGAAGAAAGUUGCUCUCCACUCCUAACAGAAAUUGGGCAACAAAUAGCAAAUAAGUGUGGUCAACUGCCUCUUUCAGUUGUUUUGGUGGCUGGUAUUCUGGCUGAGAUGGAGAAGAAAGUAGAAUGUUGGGAACAAUUGGCCAACAAUUUAGGUCCUCACAUUCAUGAAGACUCAAGGGCCAUUAUAGAACAAAGUUAUCAGAUUUUACCCUAUCGUUUGAGGCCUUGCUUUCUUUACUUUGGAGCACUUUUAGAGGAUAGUGUGAUUAGUGUUCCGAAGUUAACACAGUUGUGGAUCUCAGAAGGAUUCAUAAAAAGUUGUGAAGGCAAGAGCUUGGAGGACAUAGCAGAAGGCUAUUUGGAAAAUCUUAUUGGUAGAAAUCUAGUGAUGGGAACGAAGAGGACUUCUCGUGGUAAGAUCAAAGCAUGUCGCAUUCAUGACCUAUUGCAUGAUUUCUGCAAGGAGAGAGCAAAGGAAGAUAUGUGUCUCCUAUGGCAAAAAUGGGAUCAAAAUGCCAAUCCGUCUUCUUGCCUUUCUGGUCACAAGCAACUAGCUCAUCGCAUGUGCAUUUAUGGUGAAGGGUAUCGUGCUGGAGAUUGGAGCUCGUGCUUGUCACAUGUUGUCUCUAUAAUUUUGCAUAACAAUCGUCUUUCAGUUGGCCUCGACUCUCACAUUUUCCACAGCGUAAAGUUUCUAAAAGUGUUAGAUAUGGAGUUCACUAGAAUUAACUCUUUCUCAUUUGAUCUAGUCUACCUCAGAUAUUUUGCUGCAGAAACGUCCCGCUUUUCAAACAAAGCCGGUUGUCGUGAACUUGAAACUCUGAAAUUCAAAUCUCUCAGUGAAAUGUCACUACCCAUUACACUCUGGGAGAUGGAUAAAUUGAGACAUGUGCAUAUUUCCAAUUGCAGCUUCACCAGUGAAAUUUCAAGAGAAUUGAUUGAGAACUCCAAAGACCUUGAUGAUCUGCAAACUCUAUCCACUCCGUGUUUUUCUUGCGCUCAGGAAGCGGAAUUGAUUUUGAGAAAAACACCUAAUCUUCUGGAACUGAGAUGCAAAGUCAGGGGUGUUGAUAACUUUCAGUGCUAUGUAUUGAACUUUCCAGCACGGAUUGAAACGCUCAAGAUUCAUCUUAGCUACACACGUGACACUAAAACAAUCCCCUUCUGCAUCUCUGCGCCAAAUCUCACAAACUUGACACUGAAGAACUUUUACCUACAUUGUCAGCAUUUAUCAGAAAUUGGUUCACUUCACAACCUUCAAGUGCUCAGUCUGAAAGGUAUUUCCUUUGAAACUUGUAAAUGGGAAGUGCGUGAUGACGAGUUCCCUCAGCUCAGAGUCUUGAAAUUACAUGCUGGCAAAGCUCACUUUGAAGAAUGGUUUGUCGCGGAUGAUGCCUUUCCUAACCUUGAACACUUGGUUUUGAGGGAUUGCAAAUUUCUCAAGGAGAUCCCUUCUUGGUUUGGAGAAAUCUCUUCUCUGAAGUCCAUUGCGGUAAGGAAUUGCAAUGAAAAUGUUGACAAGUCAGCCAGUGAUAUCAGGGAAACACAAGUUGAAGAUUACCAGAAUUCCAAGUUCGAGGUCUUUAUCACCAGAGAGAAUAACAAGUCAGAUUCAGAUUAUGAAGACUAGAGUUGUAUCAGGAGCUGUCUAGAAGAUCAGUGUGUACUUCUAUUAGAAGCUUAAUCAAUAAAUCAUGUACUUUUGGUCUUGAAUGUAUUGAGUAACAUUGAAUCCAUGUUGGACUAUAGUUAUUAUAUGAGCUAUUUAUAAUAUUUCUAAAUUUCUUUUUCUUCUUACGUUAGUCCAUUUACACUCAUCUUUCAUGCUAUGGAGGAAGAACUUUGACGUAA